AACAUUGAAGUUUUAAUCUGAUCACUGAGGGAAUACUGCAAAUUAGAACAACAGCAUAUCGCUUUUACAGUCUGUGGCCAGUACAAAAGGCCAUGAUAAUACCUUUUCUUUUGGUAUUUUCCAUAGAAAUUCGGCAUCUUUAUGUGUAGGAGUUAUGAUGUUGGGUGUUUUAUUUCUCUAGUUGUCAUGGAUACAAGAGCAAUAGACCAGUGUGUGCUGCAGAUGGAGAAAUUCAAUGCAGACAGAAGCUAUGGGAACAUCUUGACCAUCCUCAGUGACCUUGAUAAGACUCGAGUCACAACAGAGCAGCUGGAAACAACAGACGUUGUCCGAGUUCUUUACAAGGUCCUGAAAAGCUGCUCGGACGUCAGUGUGAAGAAGAAAAUCAAGCACUUGUUGUGCAAGUGGAGACGAUACUGCAGAGACACACGGGGUGCCUCUGUGAAGGUUUCAGGACCACACAAAGAUGAGGAGGGAGGACUUUCCCCACACUCUGCUUCAGUGCAGGCAGGUGGCAGUGGUGCUGCUACAGCCUCAGAGGGAGGUGACGGCCUCCAGGCUGCAGAGAAGACAUCUGUAUCUUCUGAUAUUCCUUCCGUAAGGGCCAAAUGUGCUCAGCUGCUCCUCACCGCCCUCUGUGCCGAACCUUCUGAUCAGGAUGUGGCUGCACAGCUGGCCGGCAACAUAGAGCAACACAUCCAUGCACUCCACAAAGCCAACCAGGCCAAAUACAAAACCUGCGUGAGGAGCAAGGUGGCCAACCUGAGGAACCCGAAUAACGGCCACCUACGCCUCAGCCUCCUGAGCGGCUCCCUCUCGCCCGAGGCCUUCGCAUGUAUGUCAGCAGAGGAGAUGGCGAGUGCAGAGCUGCGGCAGCUCAGAGAGGCGUACUCGUCGCAGGGACUGAGCGAGAGGCAGCUUCCACAGGGGACCGAGGGGACGCAGACGCAGAAGAUCCGCUGCAAAGGUUGUGGAGGGUCGGACUGUAGGGUGACGCAGGUGUCCAGAGGUGCACUGUUCCUGCCGGCGUGGGUGAGGCGGGGCGGCCCUGACGAGGAUGCAAUGACCUUUGUGACCUGCAGCGACUGUGGGAAGCAGUGGUACCACAGCGGCUGGAUCUGUCUAUAGAUUAGGAAUUAGGGAUCAUGGCACAAUACCACUUUUUCGAGUCUGAUACCGAUAUCACAAACUUGAGAAUCUAACAAUACCGAUGUCACAUUUUAAACCUGUUAACAACGCGUUUGUGCUAGCCAUUUAAAGCUAGUUGUGUAACAAAUCCUCUUCUCCCAUGAAGAAGAAAUAAACAGCACACAACAUCAGACUCAGCUAAGAUGAUGUUGCUGAUUUGUAUUUGUACAUUUGUAUGCAUAUGCUUUCUGGAUUGUAUGGGAUUUUCUGAAUCUGUCCAAUAUCAAGUGAUUUUGAUCAAUGUCAUAUAAUAUAUUAUAUUGGCUGACCCCUAAGAAAAAUAAUUUUCAAAUACACUAGUAUACAGGAGAAAACUACGAAUGACAUACUAUAGAAAUAGGAAUUAAAUACCAAUAUACAGUAUUAUAAUACUAAUAAUAAAAAAUAAAAAUUUAAUGAUACGUGUCUUAAGACGAUGAGUCAUAUGAUUUACAUAUUAUUCUAUCUUCUCUUUUAUCCAAACAAAAAAGGUACAGUUGAAUACAAUAUGUACAACAGAUUUUGUAAGGGUAACUGCUACAUUUAGAAAAUAAAAUCCCGGGCCAAAAUAAAUAGAAAACUGAAAAAAAGUCUGGAUUUUGAAAACACUGAUGAACUGAACGUCCAACAUGUUCCGAGGUAAACUGGCCACUGCUAUACUUUUAGCUGUUUCUGUUCAUCAAUGAGGAAAAGAUUUCUAAAACCACCUAAAUAUCGAAUUUCAAUUUUCAGCCCACCCUUACACUAUAGGCACCUAGAAGUAACCUAAAUAAUAUCACAAAGCCUCUGUGUUAAGUUUACUGCUACUUUUUUAAUUAAAAUUAAAAGGAAAAUAAUGUUUUUCCUACAGUUUGUUCAUUGCUCCACUUGUUUUCUUCAGCACUGAAACAAGAGUGGAGAGAGAGGCAAGAACGCUGCAUUUUUGUGGUUUAAACAACAAAUUCUUAGGAUUUUUUAGUAGAGAUUGCAUACUUUCGUUACAUUCAGUUGCAGCCACAGCAGACUUAAAACCGCAACAUCUGAAAAAGCAGCUCUCAUCAUCUUCUCGCCGCUGAAUCAUUUCCUGUGUUCUUUACUCGCUCUAAAUGCCGUUUAGUGUGUCUUUUCCUCACAGAAGCUCAUUUGGCUGCUUUCGUUUACUUUAUUAGCAACAAUAUGAAACAACUGAGGUUAACCUCACUCGCUCACGCUGAUUUUAUUAAUCUUCAUCCAGAAAGUGUUUUUUUGUAAGCCAUCCCUGCUAUGAAUGCUGGGUAAAUUCCUUUCAAAAGAAAGAAUGAAAGAAAAGAAAGACCACAUGCCUGUGACCUUCUACAAUAUCCCAUUCAUUUGGAGCAAACUGGAGUGAGUGGGUGAGACAUGUGACCUGAGUAAAGGGUGAGCAUGUGAGUCAGUAAUCUGCCUGCUGAGCAGUGGAUAUCCCACUGUGUGUGAACUCUGUGGAUGGGAUUGACACGUCAUCGUAGCACCACAGUGAGCGGCUAAAAUCAGUUUUAGGAAACAAAUGUAACAUACAAACAAAGCCGUGACACUGCAAAAAAAUAGACUUUCAAGAAAGUAAAGAAAAAAGGCUUAGUUCGGGGUUUUUUUUGCCUAAAAAUGUAUCUUGGGCCAUGAGAUUAUUUUAAGUUAACUACAUUUAGAUUUAGUACGACAGAGUAUUAUUAGAACCAAACUGAAGAGAGGGGCACUCAAUUUAAGUAAAUUUAUUUGCUUAUUUUGUCAAAUUUUUGCUGUCUUUCCUCUUUUUAUUGCACAUUACAGUCUAAAAGGGGCUGCAGAAUUAUAUGUUAGUUUUAAGUAUUCUAGGCAAGCAAAAAACAAAAAAGAUUUACCCCACUGGCAGAUUGUCUUUCUUAAAACAGGAACGAUUUAAUCAAUGUAUGAAUAUUUGGCUAAUUUCUAGCAGUUUCUUUUGUUUGUUUUUAACAGCGUAUAAAACUUAUUUUAUUCACCCUUGACGAACAUUUUCCCAAGAUUAUUUUCAGCAGCACGUUGUCACACACAGAGAUACAGUGGGAAUGUAGUCAGCUCUGUGUUGUGUCUCCUCUCAGAUGCUGCAUUUAUCCUUCAUGUUAACCCAAGUCUGAGCUUUUCCUCCCAUGUGGCACAAGUCAUGAUAUGAGCCGUGAAGGUGAAAGCAGGCUGAAAGCACAUGGAGUCAAAUAUCAGCCGAUUGGUUUCACGCCUCAGUCGUACAGUACGGUGUGUGGAAAUAAAGCCGAUAGAAUUCACAUGUACAUGCAUACAUGCGUGCCAUCUAUGCCCCCCGUUAAUAUCACCAUCUAUGAUCACAUGACUCUCUUUUGACUACUACAAUAGAGGCCUAGGACUCAGUUGGCUCAUGCCAAGGUUUUGUGCCUUUGGCGUGGCCUUCUAACAAUUCAAGACCUGCAGUGUGAAUGCAGUAUUGGUCCUUGUGUUGCUUUUCAUUCAUGGUGGCCUGCAAUUUAGGCCUCAGCAGCAAAUUUCACGCAGCUAAUAAAAAUAUCUGCGUGUGUGUUGUUGUUGCAGAGCAGAAAACAUGUUGUGAUAAUGUUUCAGACUUUAUGUCCACAUGUCAGAUAUAACACGCGAUAGCACAAUAGACAACUUGACACCUGAUAGUAAUAAUAAAAUAGUUAUUAUUAUAGUUAUGUAAGGAAGCUGAGAUAUUUCCUGUUUCCAAAGCAUUCGCUUCCACGCCUCCAUGUGCAUGAGCAGAAGGUUGAAAUGAUAGUUAAGUGAGUGUGAGAUAAUGAUGAUGAUGAUGAUGAUAAUAAUAAUAAUCAAAGUGCUAUAAACCUUAAUUUAUAUAAGGUUUAUUUAUUUGUUCCCAUAUUUUAGUAAUAUUCAAUUUCAGGUCUCAGUAAGAAAGCAUAUUAAACACAAAAAAAAAGUACAUUCAUAUUGUCUUAAAACAACAUUAAACCCAUACUGUAUAUACCAUAUACAAUGCCGACUUUAUUCUCGCAAUAUUAUGACUUUUUAAUAUUACAAUGUUAUUCUCAGAAUAUUGUGACAUUAUUCUCAAAAUAUUGCCCUAAUACGCCAUUGUAGAUUCUACUAAAAAAGUCUAUACAUCUCACACACUGGACCUUUGAAGUGAUCAAUUUGUUAAAGUGGUGAAAUGAGUGGAAACCCCCACUGUUCUUACACAUUUUAAUGUUUUUUUUCAUGGUUAGUUAACUCCAGUUGUCACAUGUGUUUAAAACACUGACAAAGACACUAUUUUCUUCUUUGAAAAACAUAAUAAAUACAGAACA